AUGCUCCGCACGCGCCUGGUCUCCUUCUCGGUCGGAUUCGCAACCGCUUCCGCCAUCGGUUUCUACAAGUUACGCGGAGACAUCGAAAAGUCGACGCAGAUUUUAGUGCAUCAAGUGAAAGACGCGGAAAAAAGGUUACAGUUUUUAGAGGGAGAGAUGGAGAAGAUGAAGACGAAAGCGUAA